GAAUCCAUCGCUGAAUUGUGCGAGUGGACGGUGGGCCAUUGGUGACGGCUGCUCAGUCCAUAUCUACUUUUCAUUCACCUCUCUCUCUCUCUCUGCUCUUCGCACGCACCAGAAACCCUAGCGAGCGCCUCGCGAUUGUUGCCUCCUCACAGGUGGUUACAAUGUCGACUCCAGCUAGGAAGAGGCUUAUGAGGGAUUUCAAGAGGUUGCAACAGGAUCCUCCUGCGGGAAUAAGUGGUGCACCUCAAGAUAACAAUAUUAUGCUUUGGAAUGCUGUUAUAUUUGGUCCUGAUGAUACCCCUUGGGAUGGAGGGACGUUUAAGUUGACACUUAUAUUCACUGAAGACUACCCAAACAAGCCACCAACAGUGCGGUUCGUUUCUCGCAUGUUUCAUCCAAAUAUCUAUGCUGAUGGAAGCAUAUGCUUGGACAUUCUUCAGAAUCAGUGGAGUCCUAUAUAUGAUGUUGCAGCUAUACUCACAUCUAUACAGGUACCUGCUAAUAGCCAAAUCAUCAUCAAGAGACUUCAGUAAUUUCCAUUUUCAAAUUCUGUGUUCUACAAGUUCAUUUUAUACCUUACUACAAAUUCCAUGUCAGUGGAGACAAAUUUCCACAUGCAAAUACAUUUGCAUGGACCAAACUGUGUCUAUGUACUCAAAGUUUGAAAAGGCGGAGGCAUGCCUUGAGGCGUUUUGUAAUUUGAGUCGAGGCGUAAGCCUCGACUUUUAUACAGAAGUUAAUUUUAUAUAUUCCAAAUAAUAAAUAUUUAUACAAUUUUUUUACAAAAAUAAUGCUCUGUGCCUAACUAGCUGCCACCUGCCAGCCACACUGCCCACACACACUCACUGCCUCACUAAGUUGUCUAGCUCAUUGCCUUCCAAGUGGCAGAAUGUAUUUUAUAUAUAUAUAUAUAUAUAUAUAUAUAUAUAUAUAUCAAACAACAUACACAAGAAAAAAAAUUAUUUAGGAGAAAACAAGGCAUUGCCUAAGCAGCUAAGCUUGGAGGUCGACGGCAGCCGGUCAGUGGAGGUCGCCGGCGGAGGGAGAGUGAAGACGCCAGAAAGUGGAGCCGAGGAGACGUGGAGUUCACUUCUUUCUUCUCUCACAGAGUCGCAGUCUUGUUCUUUCUUCUUCGCAGUAGCUUCUUUCUUCUUUAUUCGUUACUCGUUAGGGUAAAUGGGUAAUAGGGUUGGGUCUUUUUUAUUGGGCUAUAGAAAAAAAUUGGGCUUGAAAAAUUGUUUGGGAUUGCCAUUUCGCCUCAACAUUCCGCCUCAAACACGCCCUGAGGCGUGUCUGGUCGUACGCCUCUAUUCCUGCGAAAGAGGCGUAAGCCUCAGUGCUCACUGCCUACGCCUCGUACUGAGGCGCGCCUCAAAUUCGCCUUUUUAAACCUUGUAUGUACUAUGCUAUAUAUAAUGUGAUAGAUGUUCUGAUCUUAUGGUAGAAGUAGGUAAAUAUGAUUUCUGCACAAAUUUUGGGGAAAAGGGUCAAACAAUCAUGAAUGUACUAGAAUGAUUGAAAGGGAGAGGAGGUUUCAAACAAUCAAUCUGCAUGUACAAAAGAGAGUAUGUACUUAGAAUGGAGGAAGGGUACACAAAA